UCUGGUUUCUGUGUCCCAGGCAUACUUUCUAGUACAGAUUGAGUAGAGUUGUAUCUCUGUUAGAACUGGUUGCCUUGUAAGGGAAAAAAAAUGAGGCUUCAUUUAGGGAAAACCAUCGUUUCCUUGCUGCUAUGUUUUCUGGGUGUACAGAGCUCUGAAGCUGAUAUUCUGUGGACAGCCAAUGUGAAUUUAUCCUAUGUGGUGGAUAACAGGACUCUGUCAGAAGAGGGAGAGAUUGGGGUCUACGGCCAUGACUCGCCAGUAGACAGUGCGUAUGGAUUGGUGGUUCUGCCAAAGCACAGGAAUUCUAAUUAUGCAUGUCCACCCAAUGCGAACUUCAGUAUUCCACAGAACUGGAAUGGACCAUGGAUUGCGCUUAUACAGCGAGGAGGGGGCUGCACCUUCAGUGAUAAAAUCAAUGCUGCUUCUAUUAUGGGAGCCAAAGCAGUGGUCAUCUACAACAACAUCAAUGGAGAAGACAACGAGGUCAUUGAAAUGUCACAUCCUGGAACAAAAGAUACAGUUGCCAUCAUGAUUGGAAACUUGAAAGGGAAAGAGAUCGUAAACUUGGUUCAGAAUGGCCUUCAAGUCACCAUGUUGAUUGAAGUCGGAAAGAAACAUGGAUCCUGGAUAAACCACUACUCCAUCUUCUUUGUCUCUAUUUCCUUCUUCGUUGUCACAGCAGCCACAGUGGGCUACUUCAUCUUCUAUUCGGCUCGCCGCUGGAGACGCACACGAGUUCAGAACCAAAAGAUGAAACAGUUAAAGGAUGAAGCAAAGAAAGCCAUCAGUCAUCUUCAACUCCGCACCAUCAAGCAAGGAGACAUGGUACUUGGACCAGAUGGUGAUAGUUGUGCUGUUUGUAUCGAAACAUACAAGCCAAAUGAUGUUGUGCGUGUUUUAACAUGCAACCACUUCUUCCAUAAAAACUGCAUUGAUCCCUGGCUGCUUGAGCACAGAACAUGCCCUAUGUGCAAGUGUGAUAUCCUAAAAUCAUUAGGAAUUGCGGCUGAAGAAGAUGAGUCUGAUAAUGCUAUGGUGAUCGCUUCUGUGUCCAGUGAGCUACAGAGGAGCUCUGUACAGGUGGAUGAUGAGACUCGCAGUGAUAACGCAUCAUCUGGAUAUGCCUCUGUCCGAGAAGCUGAUGAGCCAGUGGAAGACCCUGAAAACACAUAUGAGAAUGUUGAGCUUGUUAACAAUGACUCAAUAGCAAUAGCUACUGACGUCCUUCCACAUGCUGACAAUCCAACAUUUGAAAGUGAAAACCCCUCACUCGUGUACAAUGUAAAAUCAUAAACUGAAGGACAUGCAGAGCCUGGCUGGCUUGUACAGCCUAGGUAAAUGCAUAGUUUUAGUCAUACAGCAAUUUUUUUUUAACAGCUAAGCAAAAAAGUUGUUUGCAAACAAUGUUUUAUUUC